AGGAGGCGGCGGCGGCGGCGGGCCAUGGCCGGGGCGCUGCUGCGCAGCGGGGUGCGGCGGUACCCCUGGCUCUGCAACGUACUGCUCUACGGCGGGCUCUUCGCGGCGGGCGACGCGGCUCAGCAGCUGUGGCGGCGGCGGCGGCGGGGGCACUCGCCCGACUGGGCGCAGACGCGGCGCGUAGCGCUGGUGGCCCUCGCCUUCCACGGCAAUUUCAGCUACGUCUGGCUGCGGGCGCUGGAGCGGGCGCUGCCCGGCCGCCGCCCGGCCGCCGUCCUCGGCAAGGUGCUCUGCGACCAGCUCCUCGGCGGCCCCGUCGCCGUCUUCGCCUUCUACACGGGUAUGAGCAUCCUUCAGGGGAAAGAGGACAUCUUUUCAGACUGUAAAAAGAAAUUUUGGAAUACAUACAAGACAGGACUGAUGUACUGGCCUUUUGUGCAGCUGUCAAACUUCCUUUUGGUCCCUGUUUACCUGCGAACAGCUUACACUGGGCUCUGUGGCUUUGUCUGGGCUACCUUCAUUUGCUUCUCCCAACAGAGUGGAGAUGGCACAGCCAAGUCAGCACUUAUGUGGCUCCAAAGAGAGAAGGUCAAUGCAGAUGAAGAAUCAUCAGAGAAAUGAGAACUUUAGUUCUGAACACAUUCAAAACUGUUAAACUGAGUUUAUGAAACCGCACUGCAGCCUCAUUGCCGUGUUUAAAACAGUCAUCUCAACAUGUGUUGGUUGGUGUAAGCAGUGGAACACUUUGUCUUUGUGCCUGUUUAUUUUUCAUAAAAGAGGCCAAUUGUACAUUGGCAUUUAAUUACUUUCACGUUGCCAGCCCAUCUCUUUUGGGAACAACUGACAGGGCAAUGUAAGCAUUUGCACAUCACAUCAGACUGCCUCACUGGGGAGAAAUAUUAGCUGUAAUUUAAUUUUCAAGCUACUUGUGUAAUUGAUGGAAAAAUGGGAAUAGAACAUUAAAUCAUCAGUUGUCGGACUUGACAAUUGUUAUCAAUGCAAGAUUGCUUUUGCAGAAGAAAAUGUAAUGUAUUUCUUAUCUACAAAGUGGCAUUGAGUCUCUUUUGUUCAAAGAAAACAAAAGUGCUGUGUUUUGUAGGGACCACUUUUCUAUAGGGGCAAACUUGUUUAUUCUACCUGAAAAGCUAUAUAGGAAAUUAAUUAUUUCACAGAGUUUACAAACCUGAAAUGUGUUUAUACAUCUUUUAUCUCAAUUGGGAGAAAAAAGAUAGUAACUAACUUGGGGGUGGAUACUGCAUAUUGACACUUGAGGGAAGCAUCAGUCACAAGCAGCUACUGCAUAAUGGAUGGAACCUAACUAAACACUGCAGUGAGCUUUUGUUGUAUCUGCCAGUGACUUUUUCCUUUGCCCCUCAGGGGUCAAAUUAUUGAUGAGUACAUGGGAGUCUUGACACCUUGACUUUUUUCUACUGGGAAGAAAUAACAUGGCAAGGAAGGCAAUGCAAAUUACAGAUUCCAUCUCAAAGCAAUCCAGCUCUAUAUGAGGAACUUUCAUUUCUUCAAAUGGUUUCAUAAAAGAUUCUGGCUAACUACACAUAGGAGACUAGGCAAAGGUGAGAGUGAGCUAUAGAUCUGCUUUGUCAGAUGUGGUCUGGGUGCAGGUGUGCACUUUGGUAUUUUUUUAUUGUGCAUAUGUGUGUCAAAACACGAACUGUGCAAAUUGCUGUGAUUGCAGGAAGUUCAAAUCAGACCAGUAAAGUUUAUUAGAGUGGGAUUUUAUACCUUGAAGUUACUAAAUUGUAAGCUUGAAGCAAUAUCUGAUUUAAUCCAUCUUGAUGAUGAUUGUAAAGAGAAGACUCAACCCUCUUUGUUACAGUAGUACUAAACCACUUUGAGGAAUGUCUGGAUUCCUCAGUCUUGUCUAAAGAUUAAACCAAAGCCUGCUUAUGCUAGAAAUAUGCAUUCCUUUGGCCAGCAUCUGUAAUUAUUACUUAAUAUAUUGCCUACAUUUAUUUGUCACUGUGCAGGAGCCCAGUUCUGCUUAGUUUCAGAUAGGGAAAGGGAUCAUGUGAGCACUGCCCAGUCUGUCCCAGGUAAAAUCAACUUGUUCAGCAUAGCCGAGUUGUAAAGACUGAUGCAAGAUACCUGUAUGGCCUUCACUACAGGACUACAGCAGGGGACUGCUGUAGGUGGAAUUCAUUUUAAUUGGCUUUUGACAUCUGUAGAGUGGACAUCUGCAACUUGGCUAAUCAGUUUAAGCUCUAUUUACAGCCAAUGGAGGAAAAUGGGCAAUUUUAGACAUCUGGUUUAGGGUAUGGUGAAUUGUGCAGUUUAAGUGUUUUAAUUCUUUCCACCAGUAACAGAGUCUCAAGUGACUGGCUGACUGCUGCAUAGAUAGCUUCACUGUUGAUGCUUGUACUUGGUGAGCUGCAUUCCCCUGCUUGGUGUCUAUCUUACUUGUUUCUAUGGGAGCAAUUCAGUGGGUGUUUCUGUGUGAAUCCCACAGUGUGCAUUGUCCUGAUGCUGGACAUCCCAUCCCAGUGGGAGUAGAAAUCCACAGAGGAACUAACUGCACUUUAUCUGUCUAUCUACAGAACAAAAGAUGCAUGAGUAGAUCUUUCAGACAGGCACAGCUGUUAAAUUGCUAUUGUGUGUAUGAAGUCCUCUGGAUAAAGAAGCAAUUUCAGUAGUGUUUUUUUCUGUUGAGAUAUUUAGGAUCAGAAUAGUGUUUUAAAGUCUCUGCAGUGAGACUUAAAAGUCUUAGAUGAGGUAUGCUAAUUUAAGUAUUUAACCUUUUUUACAGAUGCUAUUUAUUUUUAUUUCUGCUUGUGCCUUGAAUGUUUAAUGAUUAAUAGAAUUCAUUUGGAGAAGGGAACUGGAAAAUAAUGACAUUACAAGGAGUGUGAAAUAGUGAGACAGUGUUGGUUUGCUCUAAGUAGUAUGUGAUGUUCUGCUGCAGCUCAGUGCAAAAAACCAUUUCUGCAUGGGUGUAGUUGGUAAAACCUAAUCUCCAGGUGAAUCAGGUAUUUAAAACUCUUCUCAUGAUCUGUACAACACUGAUGCUUUUCUUCAACGGGAGUAUUUAAUGACUGAAAGAUCCAGCUUUUAUUACAAAAGGCUUAAAAGCUUAUGCAAGCUAUGCUGUAUUGCUGUAUGCUUUUGUGCUGCUAGCUUUUUGCUUGGGAAUUUGAGCAAAAUCCUCUUCAAGUUUCUUUGACUGUGGUGUUCAGAGUUUCCCUCCUUAUUUCUAUUACAUGAAGUACAGUUCUUUCAUGUAGCAGAAGCCUGUAGCUCUUUUAUUUCACUAAACUUUAGAUUCUGUAUAAUCCUUUCACUUCUUCUGUUUCUCAUGUUAAGGUACUUGACAGUUAAGUAACCCAAGUCCCUUUUCACUUGUUUUUAAAGUUGUGGGCUUUUUAAUUACCAGCACCAAUUGGUUUUAUAAACAUUUCAAUACAAAACAAUUAAGUUGUCUUGAGACAAAUUCUCAGUUUGCAUAAAUUAAUGCACGUUCUAAAGGUUUUCUGCCUCUGUGAAUUUAGUCUGAAGUUCUAAUCUCUUAGUUGUUAAAGACUUUACUACUUCUUGACAAUUUUGUUUGUUUUAGGAGAUUAGUUUCACAGAAUAACAGCGUGGUUAAGGUUGGAAAGGACCUCUGAAUAUCCAGCCCGAGUCAUCUAGUCCAACCCAAUUUGAUACACACACAAACUCGUGUUUGCUUCUUCUAGUAAUUCAGUAAUUUCUUUUUUAAAAAGGAAAGAAAAAAACAGAAAAAGAUGUGUGAGACUUGUCCUGAUGUCUCUCCACCACCCUUGCAGAAAGAGCUGUAAGGGCUUUAUCACUUUGUCACUUAUUGUCAGCCAGGCACGCAGAUUUCAAUAACCAUAAAGAAGAACAGACUGACACAUGACAUAGGUGCUCAGGAAAGAGGGAACACACUGCCAACAGCUAUUAGGCUUGUAUUCAGGUGACAUUUUCAUGUCAUGGGUCCAACUGUCAGAGCAAAUAGGAUGAGAAGACAUUUAUAUCAGGUGCAGUUCCAGCUUUGUGAUAGUCUGGAUAGCUGUGGAGAAUCUGAAUUUGACAAAAUGAGAAUUUCAAAAUGUAUUUUUCUACUGCCAAUCUUUUAUGCAAAUGAACCUCCUGUGCUUAGUGGUAUGCAAAAUACAUUCUUCUAGGACUGGAAAAUUCACCAGAAGGUCUCUGGCUCCUUCAUACCAGAAACAGCAUAAAAUAACCAGUUUUGUACUACAGUGAAGGUGAAACUGCCUGUAGUUUGUUACCAUAUCUGAUACAUCAAGUUCUCUAUAUAGCACAGCCUUUGAAAUCUAUGCAGCUUCAGCCAUCUGAUUCUCUGCUGUAAGUGCCAGUGCUUUCUGCUCGUGCUGAUGCCUCUGCUGCUAGUGCCAAGCCAGUGAGAUGUGCAAGAAAUACUUGAAUUAGACUAAAAUAAUGAAUUUCAAGUUGACUGAAAAAUGUCUGUUUUUUUGUAAAGGCUUAAUAAACGUUAAAUGAUG